GUUUUGCUUUUUUUUCUCUUUUCUCUCCCAAUACAUUAAAAAAAAAGAGCCUUUCUUCCAAAGAGUAGCAGAGGAAAUCUUUUCUCUCUUCUUACUCUUUUUUCAAAACAUAUAACCCAUUCCCUUCCUUUGACACGAACUAAAAAACAUUGAGAAAAAUACCAAAAAAAUCAAAGAAAAAAGCAAAAAUCUCAAAAAAAAUCCCAAUUUACCCUCACCCUAUGAAAUCGAGUUCUGUUAUUGCAUUCACAUCAUUAUUUCAAAAGAUCACUAGGAAAGCCUCGAUUGGAAAGAGAAAACGAAAUAAUCGCAAAACAAUGUCAACAACAGUAAAUUCUGCCAGCAAUACAACGUCGCAUUUGAAAGACGCAGUAAUAGCAAGUCAUCAUGUGCCGAUGAACAAAGAAAUAAGCAGUAGCUCUUGUUCAAGUAGUGAAAUUGAAGAGCUGGAAGAAUUAGAUGACUUUGAAAACGACUUGUGCAAGGAUUUUGAGAGGCAGAGUAUCAUCCAUACUCCACCUUCUAAUAAAUCAACGAAUGCAAGUCAAAUUCAAGUCGUCUCUUCGACCGCUACAGAGGGUACGAACGUUGUUGAUGGAAGCAACACUGACUUGACACUCAAUUGUGUGCUGAAAGGAAAUGAAGUGAUGCUUACAGCGAUGCAUCAUGAUACACAGGUCGAUAACAAUGAAAACGCAGUCAUUGGCGAGAAAGCAGACGAAAGAGAACGGGUAAAGGUUCGCGAUUUCGCUUAUCCUGUCGAUUCACCUUUACAUUUCGGCAAAACACUAACGACAAUGCCAACUGAAUCAAGGACAGACCUAUCAACCCAUUUCCAGAAUGAUUCGCAUAUUUCCUUAUCUUCGCCUGAUUUCAAUGGUAGAGAUGCCCGGGCUCUAUACGAUUUCGUACCUGAGACGGAAUAUGAAGUACCUUUAAAAGCGGGUCAAUUGAUUUGGGUUCAAUAUCGACAAUGCCCUGGUUGGCUAGUUGCUGAUGUAGAAGAUGAAACAGGCUUGGUUCCUGAGUUUUAUGUUGAAUUCAUAUAGUUGAUUGGAUGGGGUCAUUAUCGGCACCUAUUGGAAAAUGAAAACCCCGGUUGUUUAAGCAACGACUCUAUACUUCAUAUACGCUACCUUUAUUACACACACAUAACCUCUAUUUUCAUUAUCAUUAUUAUAUUAUCUAUUCUUGUUGCCAAGGACUGUAUUUUUUUUUUUUUUU